AUGGUGUUUCUCCGGUUCGGUUUCUCCAGAAAUCAUCCGGUAGACCCUCCCGCCCAAACAGCGCCUUCCAACCCAUCGCACCCCGUCCUUCACUCGACUCUACACCGCCAGCCACCAGCCACGCAUCAAUCCCAGCACCGCUUGCAAGUCAUCCCAGCACGCAUCCCGGCGCAGGGGGCGCCGUCCCCGCACGACCACGACCUUCUCCGCGCCCCCGCAGCUCGACAGAUGCCCACAUGGGCACUCGCACACGGGCAUCCUCAUCCCGGCGCGCGAUCCUCCGCCCCAGCACUCUCAGUCCCACUCCCAGUAUUCACGACCGCGCCCCCACCCUCGCACUUCCCGCUAACCUGCGGGUCGUUCGCGACACCCGCCCUCGGGUCUGUCGCCGACAUCCCCGUCUCGCUGCCUCUGCUGCACAGCGACGCGCACGGCCAGGGGUUCCUGUUCGGCGAUGGCGCGGGCGGGUACGCCGGCGACGGGGUCUUCUCGCUGGAUGACCUGGAUGUGGGUGUGGGUGUGGGCGGGGCUGCGAUGAUGCAGGCCGAAUGGGGGGAUCAGUUCUGGCUGGGAGAUGAUUCUGUGUGA